CGCUCGGCGAGCCGGCGAAGGAGCGGCCCGGCCCGGCGGAAGGGACACGCCUUGGCUCCCCGCCGCCUCCGGGCCCCGAGCGCGGGCCCCGCCGCCGCCCCGCCGCAGGCCCCCAUGUCGGCCCCGCUGAAGAAGGGCCCCGGCGGGCUGAUCGGGCUCAUGAAGGAUGCCUUCCAGCCGCACCACCACCACCUCGGCCCCCACCAGCCCGGCGCCGUCGACAAGAAGAUGGUCGAGAAGUGCUGGAAGCUCAUGGACAAGGUUGUGCGUUUGUGUCAGAGCCCCAAGCUGGCACUAAAGAACAGCCCACCCUACAUUUUAGACCUGCUCCCUGACACAUAUCAGCACCUGCGAACCAUCCUGUCACGCUAUGAGGGGAAGAUGGAGACUUUAGGAGAGAAUGAAUACUUCAGAGUGUUCAUGGAGAACUUAAUGAAAAAGACAAAGCAGACCAUCAGUCUCUUUAAAGAAGGAAAAGAGAGAAUGUAUGAAGAGAAUUCCCAGCCUAGGCGCAACCUUACAAAAUUAUCCCUGAUCUUCAGCCAUAUGCUAGCAGAGCUGAAAGGCAUUUUCCCAAGCGGACUCUUCCAGGGAGACACAUUCCGGAUCACAAAGGCUGAUGCAGCGGAGUUCUGGAGGAAAGCGUUUGGGGAAAAAACCAUUGUCCCCUGGAAGACGUUUCGUCAGGCCCUACAUGAAGUGCAUCCGAUAAGUUCAGGCCUAGAGGCAAUGGCAUUGAAAUCAACAAUUGACUUGACGUGCAACGAUUACAUUUCAGUGUUUGAAUUUGAUAUCUUUACACGUCUGUUCCAGCCCUGGUCAUCUUUGCUCAGGAAUUGGAAUAGCCUAGCAGUGACUCACCCAGGUUACAUGGCAUUCUUGACGUACGAUGAGGUCAAAGCGCGGCUUCAGAAAUUCAUUCAUAAGCCUGGCAGUUACAUUUUCCGGCUGAGCUGUACACGAUUGGGUCAGUGGGCGAUUGGUUAUGUCACUGCAGAUGGAAACAUUCUUCAAACAAUCCCCCACAACAAACCUCUAUUUCAAGCACUGAUUGACGGCUUCAGGGAAGGCUUCUACUUGUAUCCCGAUGGGCGAAAUCAGAACCCUGACUUGACUGGUCUCUGUGAGCCCACACCUCAGGAUCACAUUAAAGUUACACAGGAACAAUAUGAGCUGUACUGCGAGAUGGGCUCCACCUUCCAGCUCUGUAAAAUCUGUGCCGAAAAUGACAAGGAUGUGAAGAUCGAACCCUGUGGCCACCUCAUGUGUACUUCCUGUCUCACAUCAUGGCAGGAAUCCGAGGGGCAGGGCUGCCCAUUCUGCCGAUGUGAAAUUAAAGGCACCGAGCCCAUUGUGGUUGAUCCAUUUGAUCCCAGAGGAGGAGGAGGACUACUGCGGCAAGGGGCGGAGGGGGCCCCCUCCCCAAACUACGACGAUGAUGACGACGACCGAGCAGACGAAUCGCUGUUCAUGAUGAAAGAACUAGCGGGUGCAAAGGUGGAACGUCCUCCUUCUCCAUUUUCAAUAGCUCCACAGGCAUCACUCCCCCCAGUACCCCCUCGAUUAGAUCUUUUGCAGCAACGCGUGUCCAACCCACCUGGAGCUUCAAGUCCAGGGACUACUUCCAAGGCCAUGCCUGGUUCCCUUCACAAAGAUAAACCUUUGCCGAUUCCCCCAACGCAUCGAGAUCUCCCACCACCACCACCUCCAGACAGGCCGCAUUCCAUUGCAGCGGCAGACACACGACCUCAGAGGCGGCCCCUGCCCUGCACGCCAGGAGACUGUCCUUCCAGGGACAAGUUGCCACCCAUGCCCUCGAACCGCCAAGGGGAGCUGUGGCCAUCACGACCAAUCCCAAAAGCUCCAGCUGUAGCGCUAAGUCCCAGUGAGCCUUGGGCAAGUAGGGAGUUGACAAACCGCCACUCACUCCCAUUCUCGCUGCCUUCUCAGAUGGAUACCAGACCUGAGGCUCACAGGCACGGGAGCACCCUGAGCCUGGAGGCCACCGUGAAUCAACCCAGUGGGCUUCCAGCUGGCUCAGACAGCGAGCAUUCUAAAAUAAAACCCUCUUCUUCUGCCAAUGCCAUCUAUUCUCUUGCAGUAAGGCCAGUGGUUGUAUCAAAGCUACCCCCUGGAGAGCACCCAGAAAAUGACGAAGAUACCGAAUACAUGUCGCCUUCGUCCCUGCCCGUUGUGCCACCUGGCUCCGCUGUACCAAAGUCAGAGGCCAAAUUGCCUUUGGAGAUGACUCCAAGUUCACGAGUGUUGGAGAGUGACCAGGAAAUGGAUGGGUGUACCUAUGAAGCGAUGUUUAACAUCCACUCCCAGGCAGUGCCUUCUGGCCCUGAGGCUGCUAGCAUUCCUGAGGGGGGAGACGUGGCAGCUGCCAAUGCAAGCAAUGGCCCUGAAGAAUCAGAGAACGAAGAAGAUGGUUAUGACGUGCCCAGACCACCCAUCCCGUUGACUGUAGCUCGUCGCACGCUGUCUGAUAUCUCCAAUGCAGCCUCUGCCUUCAACCGUGUGUCUUUGGAUGCCGAUGUUCUGGCAGGUUUUUCCGAGAGCUCCCACGUACCAGAGAGGCCACCGAAGCCCUUGCCACGGAGGAUUAACUCUGAACGGAAAGCAAGUGGCUGUCUGCCAGGAGGCGCUGCCGGGCCUGUUGCUGCUGUCUCCCCUCAGCUCUCCGGCGAGAUUGAGAACCUCAUGAGCCAAGGCUACUCCUAUCAGGACAUCCAGAAAGCGCUACUCAUUGCUCAUAACAAUAUCGACAUGGCCAAAAAUAUCCUCCGGGAAUUUGUCUCCAUUUCCUCCCCUGCCCAUGUGGCCACAUAGCACCCCCCCCCCCCGGCCCCGCCUGGGACACUCCUGUGCAUCAACCCACCUGGGGGGGUUUCCUGCCCAGCUUAUAAUUAGAGGAGGUAACAGGCUCCUUUAGAGACUUCCUGUGAAGUCCUGCCUGCCUCUACAGAGAAUCGGUCAUCAGGGUUUUAUGCGAUUCCAGGUUUCAAAGCAAACGGAAUGAAACGGACUGUGUCCUCGACGGUCUGUGUGUCUUUCAGAGCCCCCCCGCCCCAUUCCUGUUUUCUAGCUUGAGAGAAAGGUUUGUUUAUGAGAGGUUUCUGCAUCCCCAUGCCGGUGUGCAAGGGGUCAGGGGAUGUGUCUUGUGCUGUGAAUGCAAAUCAGAUGUCGGUAUGCUGAGCAGCAUCUCCGGGCUGAGUGUGGUGUUGCCCCACUGCAGUUCCCGGGACUGGAUUUGGGCCCUGUCGCUAUUGUGUUUCGACUCGGGCUUUGUAGAGCGCCUGCUACCAGGUACAGAUUCUCGACUGAGGAAGAGGUUACAGCGGCUUCCUUCUGCUCUGAUCUCUCUUCCCUGUCUGUCUGCUGUCAGUUAUUACCCACCACCUUCUUGUUCCGAGUCAGGCUUCUGCUCUAGAUCCUGUAGUCAGCAUUGCCUUCUGCCCCCCUGGGUAGAAGGCCUUGGAGGGGCUGAACCUUUUCACCUGUGUUGGGGUUCUUCUCCUUUGAGAACUGGGUGCUGCUGAGCUUCUGAGCCCGAGUGUUCCAUGCUUUAGCACAGACUGUGGUGGAUUUCAGCAGCUGCUUUGCAGCAGCCCCAGCGCUGUAGCUGUUCAACACGGUGAAUCAUCUUAGCUGCAUUGAGAAGUCUUGUGGCCUUCUGACCUGUUCCACCGUCAUUUUUGAAAGUGUUCUGAGGAAGGAAGUUAGCCAAGUACCUUUUACGAAGUCGGUGUGUUUGUUGUUCACAGAAGUCAUUGACUGGCUUUUCAGUCACCAUGCAAUGUUCUGAGGCUUUUGUGUUACGAUAAAAGACAAAACGCCCUUCCCUCCUUGUAGCGUCCCAAAAAUGUUCAGCUCCUUUGUUAGACAACAGGUCAAAAGAAACGGUGUGAAAUCAUGGCAGAAAUUGCUUUUAGAAAGCUCUGGCUAAACUCUGCCCUUGUUCACAUGUAAAGUGUACCAGGGUUGCAGCAAGUGUGAUGGAGUCUGAGGCAGCAAUGCAUCUGGGAGUCCACAGCCCCCGCAAGGAGGAUCCUUGGCCCUCGAGCCCCAGGAUGACUUCUGGGUGCAUAAACAUCUGCAGCACUUCAGUGCUUUGCAAAAGGGCCGUUUGGGAGAUGCUGUCAGUUCCUGUGCUGGCCGGGAGUUUUUUUUACCCCCAUGUACCAUUCCACAUAGUAGAUGUUUGUGGGGCUAGCGCUGCAGCAUGCAUUUCGGAUGGACCUUUUCUGCAUGUGUCCUUUUUGUCCAUUUCUAGUGUCUUAAGGUUUUUUUUUAAGCGGCUCUCUCUCUGAACCGUGUGAAUGUCUUUUGUUUGCAAGCACAACGGAGGCCGAGCAAACGCUGAGGUGCUUCCCUGCGGCUUUUAAAUUUUGGCUCUUUCUUCACCCUUCCGCCCAACGCCUCUUAAUUUAAAAAGGGCAGUUUGUUUUAUGUAAAGCCAAAUGCUUAGUGCCUUUUGAUGGGGGAGCACUCUCUUUCCAGGGAGAAAAGAUGGGCUGAAAAUGUCACCAGACAAAGGUGUAGAGCUGCUGCCUGGGACGAGGGAACGAUAGCCCCGGAGCUCAUGCGGUGUUUUGCCAGUUCAGCCCGAAUAAGUCUGUCCUGCUGUAGCCGUGGUACUAGCCCUGGCUUGUCUGUGUGGCUUGCUACCCUGAACUUGGCUUGAAGGCAGUGCAGCCCUGAGACAGGAUUUUUCACAAAGCCAGGUGGUGGUCUGGGUUCUUUUCCCUGUCCCUUUUUUCAAUUUCUUUCCCUUUCCAGAAAGAGAACAAAAUACAAAUUUUGUAGUAAACGGCAAAACACAGCUGCAUUGCCAGGCACACGUCGGAUGGCUCUUGUGCCAAGCUUCUUGCCGUCUCAAGGACCCCUGCCUGUCUGCAGGUAAUGCAGGGCCAGAGCUCAGUCCAUGGGGAGCUCGUCUUGCGCAGCUGGCAGGCGUUUUGUCCUUGAGUGUUUAGCAUCCAGCACCUUUUCGGUGCACAGUUGCUCUCUUUUGGCAUGCGCUGCCUUCCUGUAUCCUGGCUUACAACUCUCUCUGGAGAAUCAGGGUGUGGCUUUAUGCAUUUCACCUGUCUGUAGUCUUGUGGGGGCAGAGUGACUUGCUGCACGGGGCUGUUUUAGCCAGCUAAAGAAGAAAGCUGACAUGCUAACUUGGAAGUCACCUCUGGUGGGUGGUUGAGUUGGGUGAAGGGUAGCUUUAUUUGUCCUGAAAGUUUAGAACCAAUUUUUAAUAUCAGUGUUAAAAAUUUCAGAUUUUCACUGACUUAUUUUAAAAGUUAUAAUGUCAUUAAUAUAAAAAAAAACAUAUUAGCAGUAUUUAAUCCUUUUGAGACCUGUAAAGAAUAAGGACAGAAGGUAAAUAUUCUUACAGAGUAGCUGAGCUUUUAAGGUUCAUUUGGUCUAAAGUCUUCAUUUUGUUCUGCAAUGCAUUGUUAAUGUUUUAGACGUUAUACUAAUGUUAUUUAUUUUUUAUUUUUCAUUCUUGUAAGCUGCCCACUAAAGAGC